AUGGGAGACAAUGCAGUCUCAACCCACAACUGUGCUGUUUUUGACACCAGGAGCUUGACGCCUGAUAAACUGAUCUUCUACUACGAGAUAGUGUAUCAGCGUCUGGCCAACUACAUUCCCAUGGUGAUCCUGUUAUUCAUACUGAAGGAAGCUGCCGUGAUGCUGCGGGCUCAUGCUAUGGACCUGCGGGAUGGAGCUGAUGUUGUGAAGCUGCUCGUGGAGGACACAGAAGCUGGACAGAAGAGAGCAGACUUACACCAACGCAUGGAGAGACUGCGCCUGGCACAAGAACGCAUCACAUCACUACAGACACCGGGUUUGGGUGGAGCGUAUGACUACAUUCUGAAGUUUUUUAGAGGCAUUCAGAAAGAAGGAUAUCUAUUCUCCACUUUUAACUUCGCUUUCAUUCCCGCCCUUUUUGUUCUUCCAGAAAAUGUCCAGGUCAAGGCAGGAAAUGAGGGAGCGGUUCACAGUCAUUUAGAGGAGAGCAUUCGUCCAUAUAUUGAUCUAAUCGACACUCUGCGGUCAGCUGGGAUUCACAAGGACUUAGCAUUACCGACUAUCAUAGUAAUCGGAGACCAGAGUUCUGGGAAAAGCUCUGUGUUGGAAGCGCUGUCUGGAGUUCCAUUACCAAGAGGGAGUGGAAUUGUCACCAGAUGUCCACUAGAGCUGAGGCUGAAGAAGGUGGAAGAAGGAGUCAGCUGGAAGGCUGUUCUGUCUUACAAUGAUAAAAAAAAUGAGUUUGUGGAUUCAUCAUCCCUUGAAACCUGUGUACAUGAAGCCCAGGAUGAGCUGGCAGGAAAAGGGGUAGCAAUACGUGAUGACCUUAUCACGUUAGAGGUCAUGUCACCAGGUGUAUGUGACCUCACACUGAUCGAUCUACCUGGAAUUGCCAGAGUCCCAGUAAAUGGACAACCACAAGAUAUUGGAAGCCAGAUCAAACGUAUGAUCAUGAAAUAUACUGAGAAGCAAGAGACAAUAAACAUGGUAGUGUGCCCAUGCAACACUGAUAUUGCAACAACAGAAGCAUUAAAAAUGGCUCAAGAAGUAGAUCCUGAUGGCAAAAGAACUGUUGCCAUUUUGACCAAGCCAGACCUCAUAGAUAAAGGAACAGAAAAGAGAAUUUUGAGAAUUGUCAGCAAUGAAGUGAUUCCUCUCCGCAAAGGUUACAUUAUGGUGAAGUGUAGAGGACAACAGCAGAUCGAUGAUAACAUUUCUCUAGAGGAGUCAGCGGAUAUGGAGAGAGACUUCUUCCAAAACCAUGAACAUUUCAGUUGCCUCUUGCAAGAGGAAAAAGCAACUAUUAAAAUCUUGCUAUUAAAACUGUCUCAGCAUCUGGUCGAUCAUAUCAAAAAAUCACUGCCACAGCUCAACGAACAGAUAAAAAAGAAGUUGUGGGAUCUGAGGAAUGAGCUGAAGGAGUGCGAGGCUGGACCGCCACAGGACCCUAGGAGAGCCAAAAAAUUCCUCAUACAGACCUUAACAGGAUUCAAUAAAAAAAUCCAGUACUUAUCAUUAGGGGAGCUGAUUAUUAAAGAAAAUUUGUUUGGCCAGCUUCGGGAGCAAUUCAGAAAGUGGAAUGAUCAUCUUAACAGUUCAAAGACAUCUUGUAAUGAAAAGACUGCAGAAAGAAUACAGUUUAGUCACAAAUACAGAGGGAGGGAACUGCUCGGCUUCAGUAACUACAAAAUGUUUGAGGACGUUCUGCAGGACCAUGUGGCCACACUUAAAGCACCAGCCAUUAAAUUACUCAACACUAUCAAAGGUAUCGUCACACACUUUCAUGUUCAUGUGAGAUGUUUCCAGAACUACUCUGUUCUUCAAAAUAUCAUUAUGAGUAAAAUCAAAAACAUUCAGUCAAGCCAACAAGCCAAGGCAGAGCAGAGGAUCUCAGAGCAGUUUGAAAUGGAAAACAUGAUCUACACUCAAGAUCCCAUCUACUUGAAGUUUUUGAAUGAGAUUAGCGACGAGAAAUUUUCAGAAGAUGAAUUACCUAUUGUGGUGCAGCGGAUGUCUGACCAACUGCCCAUGAUGAUCUCCUUUUUCAUGCUGAAGGAAACUGCUCAGCUUCUGUCUAUUGACAUGCUUAGUUUACUGGACGGGGCAAAUGUGAGCGAGCUGCUGUUUGAAGACUCUGAUGUCGGUACAAGGCGCAGAGACCUACAGUCUCGCCUGGACCGUCUGACUGCUGCUCAGGAAGCACUUAGUGAUUUGAUUCCAUUUUUACCCAGAAAAUUGUACAAGUCCAUUAGUUUGGAUAUGGGAGACAAUGCAGUCUCAACCCACAACUGUGCUGUUUUUGACACCAGGAGCUUGACGCCUGAUAAACUGAUCUUCUACUACGAGAUAGUGUAUCAGCGUCUGGCCGACUACAUUCCCAUGGUGAUCCUGCUAUUCAUACUGAAGGAAGCUGCCGUGAUGCUGCGGGCUCAUGCUAUGGACCUGCGGGAUGGAGCUGAUGUUGUGAAGCUGCUCGUGGAGGACACAGAAGCUGGACAGAAGAGAGCAGACUUACACCAACGCAUGGAGAGACUGCGCCUGGCACAAGAACGCAUCAGUAUAUACCUCUGAGACACAAGUUGCCUCUAUUUUUGUCUUAUUCUUGAUCACUAAAAGCAUUUUAAAGUCUGCAGCAAAAGAAAUAUCAAAAUCAAAGAACAAAAGUGUAGUUUG